AUUUUAUUCUGACAACAUUAACAACAUUGAAGCUGGCAAUACUUUGAGACGAUUUCCAAUUGCUGCUCUGCUAUUUCUGCUUUGUCGUGUGGUUAAAAUUUUAUUGAUAAUAUCUGUUUUCCAUCAUUCUGAUUUCACACAAUUCCUAUAAAUAUACGGCAUUUAAGCAUUGCGGCGGGAUACAAUAUGGAAGAUCCCAAUCGUAUGAUGGCUCAUACGGGCGGUAUGAUGGCUCCGCAAGCCUAUGGAAUGCCAGGCCAGGAUGAUGGUCAAAAUACUGGUAAUGAAAAUGAAGUUCGUAAACAGAAAGAUAUUGGUGAAAUUCUGCAGCAGAUCAUGAGUAUUUCCGAGCAAUCGUUGGAUGAAGCGCAGGCAAGAAAACACACUUUAAACUGUCAUCGUAUGAAGCCGGCUUUAUUUUCAGUACUGUGUGAGAUUAAGGAGAAAACCGUCCUCUCCAUUCGCAAUACGCAAGAGGAAGAGCCACCAGAUCCACAGUUAAUGCGUUUAGAUAAUAUGCUUAUCGCUGAAGGUGUUGCCGGACCAGAAAAAGGUGGAGGCGGUGCAGCGGCUGCUUCUGCGGCAGCGGCAAGUCAAGGAUCGUCUUUGUCGAUCGAUGGUGCGGACAACGCAAUUGAGCAUUCAGAUUAUCGAGCAAAGCUGGCGCAGAUUCGUCAGAUAUAUCAUCAAGAGUUGGAGAAAUAUGAGCAAGCGUGCAAUGAAUUCACCACACAUGUUAUGAACUUACUACGAGAGCAAAGUAGGACCAGGCCAAUUACACCUAAAGAAAUUGAACGAAUGGUUCAAAUCAUUCACAAAAAAUUCAGCUCUAUACAAAUGCAGUUGAAACAAUCGACGUGUGAAGCUGUAAUGAUACUACGAUCUCGAUUCCUAGACGCUAGACGUAAGCGUCGCAAUUUUAGCAAGCAAGCUUCCGAAAUUCUCAAUGAGUAUUUCUAUAGUCACUUGAGCAACCCAUAUCCAUCUGAGGAAGCAAAAGAGGAGUUGGCGAGAAAGUGUGGAAUAACAGUUUCCCAAGUUUCCAAUUGGUUCGGUAAUAAACGCAUUCGAUACAAAAAGAACAUAGGCAAGGCACAGGAAGAGGCCAAUUUAUAUGCUGCUAAGAAGGCAGCUGGUGCUUCGCCAUAUUCAAUGGCUGGCCCGCCAAGUGGCACCACUACACCUAUGAUGUCACCAGCACCUCCACAGGAUUCUAUGGGCUACCCAAUGGGAUCAGGCGGGUACGAUCAGCAGCAGUACGAUAACAGUAUGGGGGGGUAUGACCAUACUCUACAUCAGGACCUUAGUCCUUGAGGCGGUUUAACAUACCACAAUUCACAUGUAUACGAGCAAAAGUGAACAUUAAAAUUCACUUGUGAAAUAUAUUAAGAAACAUAUUUUUAAUAAUAAAAUGAAAACGAUAUAUGUUUUGUCAAAAUCUUAAAAUUAACUGUAGUUAAUUUUCAUUAAAAUAUUCAAUAUUUCUACUAUACACACAAAUCAUAUAAAAUUAUAUAUUUUUUUAUCCUUUUGAUUACAACAUAAUUUUCAAUUUCCUAAUCAAUAUCAUUUCAAGUUCAUUUCCCUAGAAGUUGUUUAAUUACGAGCUUUAAAAGCAUAACACUUUAUUUUGAAAUGUUCAUUUUUGCUCCGUAAUGUGUAUACGCAAUUAACAAUAAUGUAUACGUAAUAUUGCAUACUAUAAUAUGUAGGCAUCUAUAUAUAUAAUUUGAUUAAGUGUAACAAUCUUUUAUUGAAAUGAAAAUCCGUAUACGAAACUUUAGAUAUAAAUAUUAACAUCAUAGUAAUAAAAAAAAAUAUAUGUGCAAAUCCAGAAGCAGCUAUCAAAACCUACAAUUUUAGAUGUACGGUAACAGCUAACUAUAGAGUGCAAAAUCGACGAUGUAUGUAGGUGUGCAUAAAAUAUGAAUGCUUUGCCAAACCCAAAUUUACGAUACUUAUAUUUUUAUUUUCGGCACUACCUUUUAACUGACAAUGCAUCUCAAGAGAGUUACAUUAAAAAUUAUACAAGCUAAAGCAUAAAUCUCAAUAUGAGCACAAUUACUUAUCUACUACCUAUGUACGUAACUAUUGUACUUUUGGCCAACAUUCUUCAAGUAUUUAAUAGAAAGUAUUGUAACGAGUUCUCUAAUAUAACUAAAAACAUUACCUUCAAUUUAUAAUGUGUAAUUAUUUUAAAUUAAUAAAGUACAUAAAAAUGUGGCAAACAA